CCGCACUCUUUCCUCCUCAGUGUGUGAGAGGAGUCCGGCGUCCUCAGGCUGUUCUCUCUACACACAAGUUUUCCCGCUUGGCCUAAUCAGCUGUGAGAGGGUUUUUUUCUUUUCUUUUCUUUCAGCUUUUCGGAGUUAAACUAAGUGGAACCACCGCGUCCUCAGCGCUGUGUUAUGGAACUAGACAAAAUGGACGAGAACGACUGGAAAUACCACGGCGAGGGGAACAAGAGCCUUGUUGUGUCUCACGUCCAGCACUCCAGGGUUCUUCGGCUUUUGAAAUACCCGUCUGAAGAUGCAGAAAACGCACACCAGACGACCGAGCAAGCUUUCCAACACAUUCUUUACAUAGUGGAUUAUAGCAGAAAUGUCAUGAAGCCCUUGUUGGGGGAGAAAUAUGUGCAUAGUGGAGAAGUUGUUAAACUCCCGUUGGACUUUGUACGGCAGCUCUCUUUAAAGAUUCAGCAAGAACGCCCAGAACUGCGGUGUGAUAAAGUGAUGGACACUAUCAGUGGAUGUGGUCUGUGCCUUCCCAACCUCACCCACCUUUCACCAUGCCACUUUGGAGACUGCCGGCCUCCUCUGUGUGUAGAAAUUAAGCCAAAAUGUGGAUUUCUACCAUUUUCAAGACAUGUUACCAAGGAAUGCAAGCGAAAAGUAUGCCGAUUUUGUAUGCAUCAGCAUUUUAAGCUGGCCAGUGGGAAAUGGAACAGGCAAAGCAGGUACUGUCCCUUGGAUCUCUUCUCAGGGAGCAAACAGCGAAUGUAUAUUGCAAUCAGGAACCUACUGGAAGAACCACAAAACAAUUUAAAAAUAUUUAAGGGUGGAGAACUGAUAUACAGUUGCAAAGACGAUGCCAAACAAAAACCAGACCUAAAUGAGCUCAUCCAGCACCUGUGGCCCUACUUCCACCACAGCAACGGUCACCAGCUCAGCAGGACUGUCCUCAGUGAGUUCAUUCAGGUGAUCUGCAGUGCUCUGCUGAGCACCGGAGACUCUAAUCGCUCUGGAGAACACAGGAAGAUGCAGCUUGGUGAGAGCAGAAUUCUCUGUGAAGCCAGUCCGCUCCACAGAGAUCUGCUACGCAAUGGCACUGUUGGUCUUCCCAAAGACUGUGUUCUUGCCAAAAUCCUCCAAGCUCAGAUGUUGGAUAACCUCGAUAUUGAAGGCCUUUACCCACUGUACAAGAGAGUGGAGCAAUAUCUGGAGGAGUUUCCUAAAGAGAGGAAUAGAUUACAUAUAGAUGGUCCUUAUGAUGCGAGUUUCCUGGAGAAGGUGAAAACAUGUCCUUCUGAAGAUGACGGCUCCAUAGAAUAUGCGGUCGCAAAGGUUCAUCAGUACAGAGUAGCAAUGACUGCUAAGGAUUGCUCGAUUAUGAUCACAUUUGCACCUUGUGGAGAAGAUGAGAAUUCUAGGUUUUCCUGUUUGGACACCAAAUACACGUUAUACUGCCACCUGCUGUAUGGGAGAGUUAUGAUCCGCCUGUGUAAAGCUCCUUUGAGACAAUGUCUAUUGUUAGUCUCUAUUCCAAUAAACAUUUAUUUAAUUGGUUUCUCUCCUGCAAGUGCAGAAUGUAUUGUUUGGAGUCAGAUGUGCCUGCUUAAUAAUUUGCCUAAUUUGCAGCACAAAUGACACAAAAAUCAGCCUGAUUAAUCGUCUGGCUGUACAAUCGGUUGAUCUCUUCUUUACAGCACGGCAUGAUGUUUAUUCAGCAAUAGAAAAGCUUCCAUCCAUUUUUCUUCGAACAUGCACUGUUAAACUAUCGAAAUGUUUUAAGUUGCAGCAAUGUCUUAUCAGUAUCUUUUCGAUGCUGCGUUUUAAAAUAGGGAAAAGAAAUAAUUUUCAUUCCGGCUAAAAUUCUCUGAUUGGCGCACACAACCUAUUGCGACUGCAACCAUGAAAAGCAGCCAAUAACAGUGCAACGAAAGUGGUGAUGCAUUUUGGGGGUUAUAGUUUCCAUUGCAGAUAACCAUGAGCUUCAAUCCGAGAACUCGCACAGAUCCACUUCACAGCUGCACAUGUUAUUUUUUUACUUAAAUGGUGGUACUGUAGAGCCCUGUGGCCUAGGAAAACUCAAGUGGUCAUAUUUUGACAGCUACUUUAUAUAUAUUUAAAAAGUACAGGUUUUGCCAGAAUUGAAACCUGCUCAUGCAUUUAUUUCAGAGUUUUAACAUUUUAAUGUCUCAAGUGAAAGAGUAUUUAUUUAUUAAUUUUUUUACUACAAGUGAAAUUGGAUUCAAAGAUUUGAUCUUUACCGUCUCUUCACAUGAUUUCUGUUCAUAUCAACAAGGUAUCUUUUUGACUGCUUCUUUAAAGUUUACACAAGAUGACAUCUGACAGUUUCUGUAAAAGUUAAUUGUGGUCUGCAAAACCCUAUUACUGACUAUUUCCCUCUGCCAUAAUGAGUGGCUCAGCUACGGAAACUUGUGUUUUCAAUCGAUUUACCAGAGUCACCCUGUGUGCUCCUGAUGUUACCGUUAAAAUGUUUUUUUUUUUCUUUUCUUACUUAUUUAUCUUCUAAUACACAGAACCCUUUUCUUUCCUUGGUGGUCAGAAUUGUUCCGCUGCUUUCAUGCAGUUGUUGACUUUAAAGCCGCACACACUGCAUUGUAAUAUGUGCCAAUUUAAACAAAAGUUCACCAGGUUGGGUGUAGGGUCAAUAAUAAUAUUGUAUUAUUUUGGUAAAUGUGAUGUACUCUAAUAAUCACUCUAAUUAGAACUAAUUUUAAAUACAAACAAAUUGACCAGGCCCAUGAAGUGCUUCAGUUAUGAGCUUUGGAAACAAUAAUACAUGUUGUUAUGGUGAACAAAACUGCACCAAUUUGGAGCUGCAUGGGAAAUCCUUUAGAACUGUGUAACCAGGUGGGAGCCACUAGGUUGUGCUGUAGUCAUCUAUAGAUAAAAGAGCACAUGGCAGGAUUGUAAAGUCUGCUUAAGUGAGCAGUGUGUGUGCGCGUGCAGACGUGUGCAUUUAUCAGACCCUACUGACGCGGUUUCACGCUUGUUUCCUAAAUGACUUACACAGAAGCUGAGUAAUUAAGAACUUCUGCUCAUAAAAGAGUCUUCAUUGUGCUAAAGCAGAGCGAGCGAGCGAGCAGUUUGGACAUGUCUAUAAAAUACUUUAUUGCAAUAAAGUGUGGCACAUAAAGUUUACUGUAUAUGAUGCCGGUAUUUCUCUAAGCAGAUAAA